CGAUGGCACUCCGCGCGUCGGUGUCCCAGAGCUGGACUGCGGGGCGCAGCGCUUCCGCCAGGCGCCCUUCCCCCAGCGGGGCUGAGCCACCACUGAACUCCGCUGAAGUCCUUCCUCUGCAGCGGUCCCAAAAAGCACAGGAGCGCGCCUUGGCCUACAGGCGGCGCCCUCGGGCCAAUGGGGUGGGAGCCGAAACAGGUCCCUGCCUGGACUUAACGGAUGCUGCCAGCCCUGGACGUGGGGUAGUGAUUCAGGGACUGGGCCUGCAGGACGGUGGGGGGGCCUUGGGAGGGCCCUCCCCAGAAGCUAGGCUCGCCUGCCCCCUCUCAUCCUCUGCACCAUUGUCCUGGACCCCGUAGUUGCUGGUACACCCAUAAUCCAAGGCCUGGGUGAACCAGAGAAGGAAGAAGCGUUGGGCCCUGCGCACAGUUUGGCAUCUAUGGAGGGCUUCCCGGCGCAGACUGUCUGGAGACGCCGAGACGCCGAGAGAACAGGAGACAGAGAGCUACAGCGCCCCCAUCCAACGCCAUUUUGGAGACUCCUGUUCCUUCUCUCUCAACUUCGAAGAAUAUAAAGUUGGCUGGGAGAAGACAAGAUGGCGCCGAGCAGGAGGAACAGGGAAAGGCAGGAAGGAUGUUUUGCUUCGGAAAUGGAAGCAUAAACAAAGGCACGAAAGGUGUAACUGCGCAGGCGUACAGCUUAGGCACGCUUUAAAAUUCGAACAGCAAGGUGCGUCCAUAACAAGGUCUCUCUAUGAGACCUAUUCUACACUACCGAAGGCAGGUGGUGUAAGAAACAGCGGCGAACGGAUGGCAGUCCAGCUCAGUCGCGGGAAAAAGAGUAAAGAGGCGUGCCCAGAGCGCGCAUGCGCAGAGUAAGUCAAUGGCGUUCUGGAGCGACUGGCGGAAGCAACCUUUGCAAUAUGGCGGCCGAGAUGGAUGAGCCGCUGAAACGAGUUCUGGUUCCGAUUCUUCUACCUGAGAAAUGCUACGACCAACUUUUCGUCCAGUGGGACUUGCUUCACGUCCCCUGCCUCAAGAUUCUCCUCAGCAAAGGCCUGGGGCUAGGCAUUGUGGCUGGGUCACUUCUGGUGAAGCUGCCCCAGGUGUUUAAAAUCCUGGGAGCCAAGAGUGCUGAAGGGCUGAGUCUUCAGUCGGUAAUGCUGGAACUAGUGGCCUUGACUGGGACCAUGGUCUACAGCAUCACCAACAACUUCCCCUUCAGCUCUUGGGGUGAAGCCCUGUUCCUGAUGCUCCAGACCAUCACCAUCUGUUUCCUGGUCCUGCACUACAGAGGACAGACUGUGAAAGGUGUUGCUCUCCUAGCCUGCUACACCCUGGUCCUGCUGGUACUGCUCUCACCGCUGACACCCCUGGCUGUGAUCACCCUACUCCAGGCCUCCAAUGUGCCUGCUGUGUUGGUGGGGAGGCUGCUCCAGGCAGCCACCAACUACCACAACGGGCACACAGGCCAACUCUCAGCCAUCACAGUCUUUCUGCUGUUUGGGGGCUCUCUGGCCCGGAUCUUCACCUCCAUUCAGGAAACCGGAGACCCCCUCAUGGCUGGAACCUUUGUGAUCUCCUCCCUCUGCAACGGCCUCAUCGCAGCCCAGCUCCUCUACUACUGGAAUGCAAAGGUUCCCCACAAGCAGAAAAAGGAACAGUAGGGAUGAGUCCAUUCCAUAUUCCCAUUCAUCCACCCAGCCUCAGGCCCUCCCCUCCAAUCUGAGCCAGGUCUGCUGGUGUGGUUUUUAAGCACCCCCUUACCCCCCAGCGCGCACGCACACACGCACACACUGCAACUUCUUGAGCCAGGAUUUGUUUUUAAUGGGAACAUAUAGUUGGUGGAUCCAGAUCCUUAGAAAGGAGAGGCUGGGGGUCAAGUUUUUCAAGCUGACAUUUUGACAGUUAUUGAGUGCUGCUCCGAGUGCUGUGCGUGUACUGUUAACCCAUUUAAUCAUUUGGCUGAGAUUCCCCCGCUUAGCAGCAAUUCCCAGCUUCUUGCCUCUUCUGGACAAAUGUCUUACCCUGCCCUCCCACCUCUCCCCUUCCCUUCUGACCCCAGAGGACAGAGCCUAGACAGUGGAAGGGACUAGGGGCUUGCAGCUGCCUCCCUCCCCCAUCCUGGCUGUCUCCUGGACCCCAGUUGCUGGGCAGGAGAAGGGGGGACAGAGGAUGACUAAGGCAGAGCCUCAGGGAGGGGUGAGGAAGUUCCUGCUCUGGCAGGUCCAGGCGGAAGGGAGUGGAGAUGGCACUGGUUCCUGCUGCAGUGAGGGGUGCAAGAUGGAAUAA